AAUUCGAAUCUCUCUCUUUCGCCUCAGUAGCCUCCUUUGUUUUUCAUGAUAUCUUGUUUUCUAUUACUUAACCUUUGCAUUUGCCUAUAGAUUUUCCAGUUUUAGUGUGUGCAUUCGAGGGAAACAAUGCUUCCAAGCAGCUUACUUUGUUCCAUGCGUCCAAACUUCACAAGGAAGAAGAAAGGCAACCGGGAUAGCCUGGAAACUGAAGCCAAAGACCUUGACUUUUGGUACUCCGCCACGUUUAACAGAUAUCCGUUUCAGAACCAGCCAUCGUCAAGAUUGUCUUUAAGAUCUGAUCAUUCUCACCUUUCCAGAAAGGGGUCAGCAGUGAAGGCGAAGAAGAAAGGAGAAAUGGCGACCAAGGUAUCCAACUUUUCCGAUCUGAUACAUCGAGUUGCAUCUUCUUGUUUGUUGCACACGCUAGCCGCCGGUAGGCAAGAAUCCGGCGGUGUUGACGCCACGGCUCACGCUGUUAUUGAGGAGGACCCCGAUGAAGAAGAAUACUACGAGUAUAAUAAUUCGAGCGAGGUUGAAGAGAAAGAAAGUGGAGUGACGAACGUGGAGAAGUCGAGGAGAUUAAGGAGGGUUUGCUACGAUAACGGAGAGAAAACGAAGGAAAUGGUGAUAUUAAUGGAUGAGGUUUUCGAGGCGGUGGUAGAAAUGAAGAAGGCUUACGUAAGGUUACAAGAGGCGCAUUCUCCGUGGGACCCAGAGAGGAUGAGGGCGACUGAUGUUGUGGUGGUGGGUGAGCUGAGGAAGCUUGGGGUGUUGAGGGAAAGGUUUAGGCGGCGGACCCGUGGUGGCGGGAAAGAACACAUGAUUAUGCUGAGGGAGGUGGUGGCGCCGUACGAAGCGGCGGUUGAGGAGUUGAAGAAAGAAGUGAAGGUUAAGAAGGUGGAGAUCGAGAACCUGAAAGAGAAGCUCAACACUGUUACUUGCCUUUCCAGUGGCGGUAAGAAAGGACGGAAUCUUUCCAAGAGGAAAGUCAGCUGCAGUCAAGUACUUGCAGCUGCACCUACAGCAGGGCUGUUUGAGGCUACAAUGAGUCAGGUGAAGGAGGCAUCAAUGUCCUUCACGUCUCUCCUCCUUUCCCUCAUGCACGAGGCUCGCUGGGAUAUUGCAGCAGCUGUCCGAUCCAUUGAAGCUGCAACCGCCACUCCCGGCAGUUAUACCACCACGAUGAUAACUCCGUCUGUCAUUGCAAAUCACCAUGCCAAGUACGCGCUAGAGUCGUAUGCCUCACGCAAAAUUUUCCAAGGGUUCGACCACGAGACUUUCUACAUGGAUGGCAGCCUCUCUUCCUUGCUUAAUCCCGAUCAGUACCAUCGGGAGUGUUUCACUCAAUACCGUGACAUGAAGGCAAUGGACCCGGUCGAACUUCUUGGGAUCUUGCCUACGUGCAAUUUCGGCAAGUUCUGCUCCAAGAAGUACCUUGCCAUCGUUCAUCCCAAGAUGGAGGAAUCCUUGUUCGGAGACUUGGAGCAGCGCAACCAAGUAAUGACUGGAAAUCAUCCCAGGAAUCAGUUUUACAGGGAGUUCCUGGGGCUUGCCAAGGCAAUUUGGUUGCUUCAUUUGCUUGCAUUCUCACUCGACCCGGCACCCAGCCAAUUUGAAGCUAGUCGGGGAGCAGAGUUUCAUCCACAUUAUAUGGAAAGCGCGUGCAAGAUUUCAGGUGGGCGAGUGCCUGCAGGUCAGAUCGUGGGAUUCCCUGUUAGCCCCGGGUUCAAGCUAGGAAAUGGUUCUGUUGUGAAGGCUAGGGUUUACCUGGUGGGUAGGACAUAAAUAAACUUGUUGUAUCUGCUUUUGAUCAGGUUUUAGGAUUUACAGUAGGGGAAUUUAGUUAAGCUUGAUGUUGCUGUUCCCUGACAUCACUGGGAGGAACUUCUGGGGAUAGUUAUUUGACUGAGCUGAUGUUUGGAUUAUUUAUUCUUGGUCCCUUGCUUUUCUGCUGUAUGUAACCUGAACAUUUUGCUCUUUAUGAAUAUGGUUUAAUCCAUGGAUGUUUAUAUCCUCA